AUGUCUGAAGAGUCUUCACCAGGGGUAAUUGAUGCCUUGCUUAAUAGCAACGAAGACUAUGAACGAGUCACACGCGCAAUAGACACCUUGAACCGUCAGCUCGAACAGGCACGGGCUGACAUAGUCACACUGAAACUAGCAAAACAGCAUGGGUUGGCUGACCCGAUUUCUCUUGCCGAAAAACUACGUGAUGGCACUUUAGAACAAACACCAAACUGGCAGCGCAUUCAUAGAACGCCAAGUAUAGAUUGGUCUAGAUACCCGCGACGACCGUCAUUGCGUAUUGGUGGGGACACUACGCGAUAUCAUCCUUACAGAUCAAACAGUGAGACAAAGCCAUCUCUUACCUCUCCAACGAGCCCCACGUCGUCGACAUCCCAUUCUUCGAUGGAUGCCAUAUCGUCAAUUAUAACAAGCCCAGAUGCGCCUCCAGAAGAUCCAUCUGAUCUCAUGGCAUUUGUAUUAAAAGUAGGCGCGUCAGUUGGAUUAUAUCCAAAGAGAAAACAAUCAAAGUCUGAAUCCGAAGGAUAUAAUGGUGAUGGGGGAAGAAGGUGGAGUAGUGGGUAUAGCGAGGCACCGGCACGGGGAAAAGGAAUUGGUAAGAGUAUGGAAUUGUUGUUCCCGUCAGAGAAUGAAAAUAAGAGGGUAACCAAUGAGCCUAGUACCGUAAAGAACGAUGUCGAAGAAAUCAAGUCUGAGGAUGUUGCAAUGGAAACCAGUUCUGCUGCAGCAAAUGCACGAGUGUAUUCGGGUACAUUUAGUGAAUCCGGGAAUAUGACAGCAGAUAACGACUUUUCAAAGCCAGCCAAUCAUAAUGUUCCCUGGACUGAUGAGGAACAGCGACGUUUGGUAGAAUUAUUACGAAUAUAUCCAGAUGAGGAAAUUCAGUCGCAUCGGUUCAAGAGGAUUUCAAUGGCACUGGGAACAAGGACGCCUAAACAGGUUGCUAGUAGAAUACAAAAAUACUUCAUAAAACUGGCCAAGCAUGGGCUGCCUGUUCCCGGAAGAAUGCCAAAUUUAAACUUCUCAGCAUCCUCAUCGAUGAUGAAAAAUAAAAGUCCGGAUGUGGUCUCCAAAUCUAAAUUUAAACCCACAAGACAACCAGAUAGUCGGCCGCGAAGACCACGCGUAUCGGGAGUAGCAUACAUGGAUUCACAGACACCACCAACUAUACUAAUGAACGAAAACGAUGACGAUGUCAUAGAAGUUAUGUUAACGAUAGUUGAUGCUACUCAAAAAAGCAUUGCCAACAAGGGAAUAAAGAAUGGCAAUAAUGACGUUGCUGUGAAUAACGUGAUACACUAUGGGUUUUGCUGUGACAGCUGCCAGGUUGAUCCCAUAGUUGGCCCACGAUAUCAAUGUGUUGAUUGUAUGGAAAAAGACCAGGAAAUUGAUUUAUGUGAAGUUUGCAUGGAAACGGGCGAUUUUGAAAUAGAUGGUCAUCAAAAGACUCACCACUUUGCAUUACGAACAACACCCGAACCUACACAGUCCAGAGAGAAUAGUAUAUAA